UAGUCCUUCCCUCACAACAUAAACAAACAUGGCUGACAAGAAGGGUGCUCCUGCCUCUCAGAAAGCCCUCACUAAGGCGGAGGGUGAGGAGAUUGUCCAGAAGUUCCAGCAGCUGAGAAAUGAGCAGCGAUCACUGAUGGCCAAGAUAACAGAGCUGGAGCAGGACCUCAACGAGCACAAGAUUGUGAUAGAGACGCUGCAGGACGUGUCGCCAGACCGCAAGUGUUUCCGCAUGGUGGGUGGAGUGCUGGUGGAGCGGACAGUGACGGAGGUGCUGCCCGCCCUCGUCAACAACAAGGAACAGCUGACCAAGGUGAUUGACAGUCUCAAUGUGAAGCUGGUAAGCAAAGGCAAGGAGGUGAAUGAGUACCGGGCAAAACAUAACAUCAAGGUGCGAGGGCAGGACGACAUCAAGGAGUCCCAGCAGACGGACACCACCACAGGCACCCAGGGCGUCCUAGUAUCCAACAAAUCCUAGUCCUCCUCCUCCACUACCUCAUGUCCUUCCUGCUGUUCUCUCGUCCCCGUUCUUGCCCCCAUUCCCUGUUCUUUCUCAUCCUUGUAUCUUUUAAGUUAGGAGUUUCUUUUAUGAGUCGUGUGGUGUCGAAUGGUCACUCUGGGCCCAUUGGUGGUGAUGCAGGGCUCCCUAGGUAAUGUUGGUGAUGUUUUGAUGUUUCUCAAGGCUCACACAAGAGCUGGAGUCUCUCUCUCCUAAGUGUUUGCCUCAGAAAAGUUGGAUUUUUUUUUUUGUGUGUGUGUGUGUCUUAAAUUGUGGUGAAAGUUAAGGAGUGUUUGGAGUGAGUGAGGAAGGUGCAGAGGUCUGUGUGAGUGGUGGAGUCUGUGCCCUGUCUCUCAGUCUCAACCUGUAAGAGUUUUUGAAAGAGAAAUGUUAAAGGAGAGUUUUGUUGGAAUCUGAGUUUUGCAUUUCCAUCUCUUUUUUUUUUUUUUUGUAAAGGAAAGUUAUUUUUUAUUUAUUUUUUUUUGUAAAGGAAAGUUAAAGAAAAGUUGUAAGAAUCUAAAUUUCAUGUUUCUAUCUCAGUUUGUAAGAGUUUUUGAAGUAGGAAGAAAUUAAAGAAAGACUAUAUAGGUGGAAUCUGAGCUUUAUGUUUCCAUCUCAAGCUGAAGUAGGGGAAAGUUAGAGAAAGACAUGUUAGUAGUAUCUUCAGUUUUGUGUUUCCACCUCAAGUUGUAAGAGUUUUGAAGUAAUGAAAGUUAAAAGAAAGUCUGUAUCUAUUGUAUCAACUUAACUUGUUUACAUGUUAUGGUUAAAACUGUGAGAGUUUAUGAAGUGACAAGUUCUGUAACUGCUAAAAUUUAUGUUCUUGUACUUAAGUUUAUGAGAAUUUCACUAAAUGAGGACAUGUUUUGUGUUGCCACCUUGAGACAAAUGAAAGCUAGUAGAGUUUGUGAAUUGAGAAAGUAAGGUGGUGGUGGUGGUGGUUAUUAAAUGAAAGCCACUAGAAUUUAGGAAAGUGAAGGGAAACGUUUUUGUUUGGAAGCUUGAAGUGAGGAAGUUUGUUGUGAUGUCACCUUGAGAUAUAUGAAUGUAGAGAUUGAAGAAAAAUGGUAAUGAUGAUGAUGAAAUGGAAGUUACCAGAGUUUAUGGAAGUGAGGAGGAAAAGUUUUUGUUCCUGGGAGUUUCUUGAAGUGAGGAAGUUUGUUGUGGUGCCAUCUUGAGAUAUAUGAUGGUGGUGAAAUGGAAGUGAGGAAGAAAGAUGGUGAUGGUGGUUGAGGGACAUAGUGAAGUGAAUGGAGUGAUGAAGGAAGGCGCUGUCACCACUGCCAUGCCUUAGUGCUCCCCACAGGCACACAGGGCUACGAGAAGCGUCAAGAUGCAGUCUUGUCCUCACUAACCAAAGACCUAAUGACAAUCUCCCAACGUCUAAUGAUCAUUUUACUGCACCAGUGUUUUUGUUUAUUUUUUGUUGAUACCCAAGCUUGGACGACCUAGUGGUAACCGUAUUAGGGCUGCAAGUUGUCUCUUAACCAAUCAGUGACAUCUUUCGUGGUUACCUACCUAAGUUUGUAUUGCUUCCUGUGGGUGAUUCAGUAACCUUAACUCAUAACACCACUUGUGAUAUCUCAGAACCUCAUUUAUUUGUAUGUGCUAUGGCUUGUAUUAAAUGUCACCUUUCCUUUCCCUCCCUCCCAAGACACCCUAGUGAAGCGUUCUGUGCUUUAUCUUUUUGUAACUCGCUGUAAACAUUGUACUAAGGCUUUGUACCUCUGUAUAUACUUGAUGGGGUGUUUGUGAGUCGCGCCACUGUAGCUCUGCGCUGCACGGGAUGUAACGCGAGUGUAACAAGAGUCUGCUGCGCCUCACUCAUGUCUAAGGUUGUGCUGGUGAGCCUGGGGUGGGCCGGGGUGAGCUGGGAGUUACUGGAACGCACAUGUUGGAAAAUGAAGACUAUAGGGACAAAAACGAACAGUAUAUAUAUUUUGGUUAGUAGGAGAAGAGAGACAAACAACAAUACAUCAGUUUUGGUUAGCGAGAAAAGAAAAUCAAUACAUAAAUUUUGAUUAAUAAGAGAAAAGGAAGGAAACAAUAAAGGACAGUAUGAAAAUUUUGCUUAUUAAGAGGAAAGAAAUGAUGCACAAAUUUAGGUUAACAAGAGGAAUGAAAAGAACAAUACACAGAUUUUGGCCAACAAAAGAAAAGGAAGAAAAGUACAACAUAUAAAUUUUGCUCAGCAAGAUAAAAGAAAAGGAUAAAGAAGAAGAAAAGAUGCAGGUCGAGAGAAGGAACAGAUGAGAGAGUGCUGGUACAAGGACUGCACUCCUUACCAACAACAACUUAACUAGCAGAGUGCAGGGGAGGCAAGUCGAGCCAGUCAACUUGCCCACACACACCAUGAGUCAGGCAAGCAAGGAGUGUGUGAGUAGUGUGUCAGUGUGGGUCAGGAAGGCAGCUACACCCUGACCACACACACCAGACCCCUCACCAGCUCAGUUUGGCCAUGUCUCCACCCGAGCCUCCCCAGCAUACCCCAGCUUGGCCAGGUGUGGGCAAUAGGGUGGCCAGACUGUGGGAGUGCCAGCCUGUACUUCCUUGAUGUUCAAUGGUGCACACACUCACAGCAUUGAUGCCUGGUAUGCAGGGCGGCUUCCAGGCAGGGCUGCGUCCCACCCUUGCUUCGUGCCCCAAGACACCUGCAGGCUGCCGUGGGAGGAGCUGAAGAAGAAGGCAUUAUGUCUCAUUUGCAUGAUUCAAGUGAUAAUAAUAAAAUUUGCUUUGAUUUUGAAGCUUAUGAA